UUUAUAUGGAAGACAUGCCGGCUGUGGCGCAGGAAGAUGUGCUGGCUGCUGAUCGAUUCAUCUGAAAGUUUUUUUUUUUUUUUUUUCGCCUUUUCUCGCUUUUCCCAGUAUAAGGCGCCAGCUUGUUGCUUGUCAUCGUUCGAUGAUCUAUAGAUGCGGCAUGGAGAAAAUACACAGGCUGGCGGCCGGGGAGGGUGGGGUCCCUGCUGGCCACAAGUCCUCUGUCAGUAAAGGGUGUUUUAAGGGUUUAAUACUUUUAUUGACGCAUUAUGACUAAGCGCGCAGCAUGAUGUGUGUGCUGCAGCUCAUUAGGGAAUUACUCUUUCCUCUAGGUGUGCAGAUAGAGGGUAUUGUAGGCUGCUUGUUUUACCGCAAUGGCUGAAAUCUCAUGAAUAUUUGAUUUGCCAAAACUGACUCUGCCUGCAUCAAAAUCCCGUUUGCCCGCUGCUCCGCGGUUCACGUGUGAAGUAUGCAGCAGUGAGAAUGUUGGGCGUGGCAAUUCUGGUGGUGGGCGUGGCUGGGGGCGUGGUCACGUCGGAGGAGCCCUGCACCGGACCAGGCUGUUCCAACAAUGGCUCCAUGGACUACUGCUUUGGCGCGCGCAUUCGCAGCACGGUGCUCCAGGGCCUUCCCUUCGGGGGCGUGCCCACAGUGCUCGCCCUCGACUUCAUGUGCUUCCUGGGCUUGCUAUUCGUGUUCUCCAUCCUGAGGAAGGUGGCUUGGGACUACGGCCGACUUGCGCUGGUCACCGACGCCGACAGGCUGCGGAACAAUGGCCUGGAAGAACGGGAAUACAUGUGUUCUCAUGACUCUGCGGGCCAGCCAAAUGACUCCCAGGGCCUGGAUGCCCCUGUGGACAGUGUGGCCUCCGCCCUUCAGACACCCGACCGCUAUGAGCGAUUGACAUCAGUCUCGAGCUCCGUCGACUACGACCUGAGAGAUAAUGGUUUCUGUGCCUGGCUGACGGCCAUAUUCCGGAUAAAGGAUGAGGAGAUCAGAGACAAAUGCGGCGAGGACGCGGUCCACUACCUGUCCUUCCAGCGCCAUAUCAUCGGGCUGCUGGUGGUGGUGGGCGUGCUGUCUGUGGGGAUCGUACUGCCCGUCAACUUCUCAGGAGACUUGCUGGAGAACAACGCAUACAGCUUUGGGAGGACGACCAUAGCCAACCUCAAAUCAGGGGACAAUCUGUUGUGGCUCCACACGACCUUCGCCUUCCUGUACCUGCUGCUGACGGUCUACAGCAUGAGGCGUCACACCUCCAAGAUGCACUACAAAGAGGACGACCUGGUGAAGCGAACCUUGUUUAUUAACGGCAUCUCCAAAUACGCCGAGGAGCCCGAACUUAAGCGGCACUUUGAGGACGCCUACGAGAACUGCACAGUGCUGGAGGCUCGCAUCUGCUACAAUGUGGCCAAGCUCAUGUCCCUGAGCUCGGACAGGAAGAAGGCUGAGCGAAGCAAGAAGUACUACUUGGAUCUGAAUAACCGAUCGCUAAAACUCGCCAUGAUCAACCCCAGGCCAUGCGGGCACCUCUGCUGCUGCGCCGUGGGGAACUGCCAGCCGGUGGAAGCUGUCAGUUAUUACACACAGCUGGAGGCCAAGCUGAAGGAAGAGUACAAAAAUGAGAGGGAUAAUGUCAACACCAAGCCACUGGGCAUGGCCUUUGUCACCUUUCAGAACGAAUCCAUGACCGCCAGGGUUCUGAAAGACUUUAAUGCCUGUCAGUGCCAGGGCUGCACCUGCCAGGGGGGGCCCCAGACCUCCUCCUUCAGUGAGCACCUGCAUGUCCCCAACUGGACCGUGACCUACGCACCCGACCCACAGAACGUCUACUGGGAGCACUUAUCUGUGGGUGGCAUCUCCUGGUGGCUGCGCUGCUUCGUCAUCAACUGUGUCCUCUUCCUCCUGCUCUUCUUCCUCACCACCCCGGCCAUCAUCAUCUCCACCAUGGACAAGUUUAACGUCACCAAGCCUGUGGAGUACCUUAAUACUCCCAUCAUCACGCAGUUUUUCCCCACCCUCCUGCUGUGGUCGUUCUCUGCACUGCUCCCCACCAUCGUCUACUACUCUGCCUUCUUUCAGGCCCACUGGACCAGAUCGGGGGAGAACAGGACUACCAUGCACAAGUGCUACACGUUCCUGAUCAUCAUGGUCCUACUGCUGCCCUCUCUUGGUCUUACCAGUCUUGACUACUUUUUCCGGUGGCUGUUUGACAAGAAGUUGGUGGAGGAUGGUAAAGUCAGACUAGAGUGCGUCUUCCUCCCAGACAACGGCGCCUUCUUCGUGAACUACGUCAUCGCUUCGGCCUUCAUCGGGAACGCCAUGGAUCUGCUACGCAUCCCAGGCCUGCUCAUGUACAUGAUCCGUCUGUGCCUGGCCAGCUCGGCAGCUGAGAGACGCAAUGUCAAGAGGCACCAAGCUUACGAGUUCCAGUUCGGGGCAGCCUACGCCUGGAUGAUGUGCAUCUUCACUGUGGUCAUGACCUACAGCAUCACCUGUCCCAUCAUCGUCCCCUUCGGACUGAUGUACAUGCUUUUGAAGCACCUGGUGGACAGGUACAACAUGUACUACGCCUAUCUGCCCUCUAAGCUGGACAAGAAGAUCCAUUCUGGCGCAGUCAAUCAGGUGGUGGCCGCGCCCAUCCUCUGCCUCUUUUGGCUGCUCUUCUUCUCCACCGUGCGCACAGGGCCCACAGCGCCCACAACUGUGGUCACCAUGAUCGUCUUGGUGUUCACCAUCAUCGUGUGCCUCUCCCAUGUCUGCUUCGGACACUUCAAGUACCUCAGUGCUCACAACUACAAGAUCGCCAUCACCGAGGAGGUGGACGGGGUGGAAAAUGGCCAGGUGGAGCCGACCUCCCCUACAAGCAAGACUGCAAUGUACAUCGCCCAAGUACUACAGGACCCCAACUCGGACGAGGCCGGUGCAGGCAGCGAGGAAGACGACGGCCAGGGGUCUUCGCAGGACGAAGAAAUGUUAAAUGCUGCAGAUAGCCUCAAUGAUGGGGAGUUUCCGUCUGGAGAGGACAGCCUCAUAGCCAAUGAGGUUUGCCAGUAGCACCUGCCAGGGGUGAGGGAGGAGAGAACAAGCGAAUGAUUGACUCACAUGGGACAGGAAGGAGGCGGGGGCCAUACAGAACUGCGAAUACAUGAGCCCCGCAUCUUACAGUGUCCAGGACCCCCUCUGCUUCAGGUUCUGCCCACCUCUGCGCAGUCCGUCUGCGUCAGCUGCCUGGCAUGCUCAGUAAGGACAAGGGGCCUCCCCGACCCCUCGACCCUGUGACACUCAGCCUAUGGACUGCCGAGGAUGUAGGCGUGCCGUCGGCGGCGUGCAAAAUGGCCGUGUGGCGGCCAUGACGGACACAUCUUUAAAAACAAAUAGUCGAAGAAUCGUACCUCCUUCGUACUUUCAGGACAUUCCCCUUCACCGCCAUUAGUCACCCUGAAUUAAAUUAAUGACACUAGCCUCCCAUAUGCAUUUUAUUCACUACUAUUUAUUUGAUUUCCUACAAUAUUAACGUAACCUUGGCCUCACAGCCCCUGAGAACUGAGACUUGCUGCUGUAUGUUUUUGCCUCCCCCCACCCCCAUUCUGGGAACGCAGGCUUAGGCGCAUCAUCCUGAAACUGACAAACCCUGAGUCUAUUAUUAUUUUAAGCUUUUUUUUGUUUUUUUUUUUUGUUUUUUAAAGACUUCACUACUGCAGCCAUCUCAAUGCACUGUGUCAUAAAAGAACGUGUCCGGAGAGAACAGGAAAAGUAUGACCCCACUAUUCUGUCUUUUUUUUUUUUUUUUUUUUUAACUGUCCGAGAACCGCACAUGUAUGUACUAGGUGGAGGAAAGAUGUUCUCACUGAAGGCUGGCGUAUUGCAAAACUGUCAGGAAAAGCCUGCUCAGAAGCAGUCUGAUUCCACUCUGUGUAAGAUGGUGCUGCCGUGUGAACGUCGGUCGGGAUGAAGAUCGGGAUCUGCUGUGGAGCAGCCUGCAUGAUAGGCCUGUGAUUUUUUUUUUUUUUUUUUUUUCCAUCUACAAAGCAGUUAAUAAAAAGGAACUGUUUCUCAUGUACUUAAACCCUUAUGGUUGUGUUAAUGUUACCUCAGAUACUCUCACGGUUCCAUUUUGUCAAACUAAUGCAUUUUAGGGAUAUUAUUUUAAAUGGAUCAAGAACUUAAUGUCGUCCCACAUGAACUUGGUAUUGAUCUUUUUUUCCCCCCUCUGGUCUAAUAAAUUAUUUCCCCAGAACUGUGUGAACAUAAGUUAUACUAUGCUUCAGGAAUCUCUUCUAAUUUCUCACCCACAACUGUUUCAUGUCUCGGUUUGUUGUCAAACAAAUAUUUCGCUCGGUGUGAAUUGCGCAAGGAGGAACUGGAAAUGUCACAAAAGUUAAAGGCGUGUCUCAGGUGGUGAGGAACUUUGUGUGGGAAUGUUUGUCCGGCUGCAGUUGGUCCAACUGAGCUGAUCUGAUUUUUGGUUGCCGUGACGCAUUCUUCUAACACGCACCCUCCAGCUCUGUUCUGGUGUUUGUUUGGCUGUUUUUGUGUCCACAUGUUCGUGGGAGUCAUGGUUAGCUGCAUUUCACCACGUUGUAACUUGUAUACGAUCAUCAAAAUUCUCCAUGCAAAAUUUUACUUAUAAAAACUGUUGUGCAUCUUUGAAA